CUGCCAUUGUCCAUUCACCAAACUGAUUUUAACUUCAACCUAUCCUGUUCAGGUAUUGAAAGACAGAUUAACAGAAUGACAUUAAACUCAAGUAGAUCAUCAAGUUGUAGUUCAAGUUCAGAAAUCGAAAUCAUCAAUCAAUCCAAACCAAAACCAUCAAGACUACCAUCCUCACCAUCUUCAACCACUUCAUCACCAAAAUCAAAUCCAACACUCAAUCAACAUUCACAACUCAACACACAAGUUUCAAUCUUGAUUGAAAGUUCUGAUGAUGAACCAAACCAGAUCCCAGUAAGAAGAACAAACAGUACACCAAAUCCAAUCAGAUCAAACCCAAACCCAGAUCCAAACCCACUCAGAUCUCAUUCGAAUCACGAAACAAGUACAAAAGAGAAAGGAAAAUCUAAAGCUAUCGAAUUGAGUGAUACAGAUGAAGAUCGUCUUCAAGAUGAUCCAUUCGAUUAUCAACACGAUGAUUUUGGUCUUCAUAUGAAUCAUCCUAACAACGACGACGAUGACGAAUUACCUGAAGCUGAGCUUUUGUUUAGUCAAGAAACAAACUCUUUCCAACGGCCGGUCUCUCGACCUCUUCAGUCCUUUCAAUCUACUUCUAAUCCAACUCUGAAAGAGAAAACAAAAGAAACGAAAAAAACGAGCUCGAGUGUGAGUUUGGUUAAGAAGAAUACCAAAGCGAAUCAAGAGAUUGAGAAAUUAAAGAAGAAAGAACAAUUACAAAAAGAAAAAGAAGCUAAAAAAUUAGCAAAAGAUCAAGAAAAAGCUGAAGCAAAAGAUUUGAAAGAUGUGAAUAAACUCUUAACACGUCAAGAAGCCAUCACCGAAAUCCGGCUAAAAGUGCCAAGUAGAGUACUACUCCAAACCUCACAUCCGAUCAGCAAAUCCAUCGAUCUCUUCAAAUCACGUAUCCAAACCGAAGAAGGUAACAAGAUGUCAAUGCCUAUCCUAGAUGAAACAGAAAACGAAUCGAUUCAAUGGAUUAGAGUUUGUCAAAAAGAAUGGAACGAAUCUACAAAUCGAUUCGAACCUUGUGAAAGGAAAGAAAUUGUUGAAGAAUGCUUGCUUUUGGUUUGGAAGGCUGAUGAACUUGAUGAUUGGAUUUCUGAUGGGAAUGGUGAACAUUUGAUGAGAGCUAAAUCGAUUCGUGAAGAUAAACCUGAGUAUCAAGUUUGUGAUUAUGAAUGA